AUGAAUGAUUCAUGUAUUAAUCCAGCUUUCCUUUCAUCAUCGGCUCAUCUGGAAAAUGUUGAACAAUUGAUUAAAAAUAUUGAACAACAAACACUCAAUGGAGAUAAUUUCGACGAUAUAUCAUCAAAUAAUGAUAAUAAUAGACAAGAAAUAACAACGAAAUCAUUUACAUCGAUUUCAUCAAAUACAUUACCUAUUCAUAAUCAUCAUCAUCAUCAUAGUAAAAAUAUUACACUUCUCGAUGGUUCUAAUAUAACUGUUCAUAAUAAUGAUGAAGAUCAUUCAGUGGAUAGUCUUUUAAUUCAACGUGAUUUAUUAUUUAAUAAUGAUGAAUUAAAACAACAAAUAUCACCAGUAAAUGAUCAAAAUUUAUUGAAUGAACAAGAUGCUGGAUAUACAUGGGAUGAUCAAUAUGAUACACGAGCUAAUUAUCGUUUAACAUUUAGUACUGAUAAAUCACAACAUAUUGAUUCGAAAAUAUCAAAGCCACGUCGAUAUAAAAAUCGAUCUAUUAGUGAAAAAAUAAGUCCAACAUUUUCUGAUGAUGAUAUAUCUUCAAAUCUUACUAAUAAUAUGAAUGAUUGGUCUAUGCGAUCAUCUAACAAUACUUUUGAACAAUUAAUUAAUCAACCUGCACAAAUUCAUUCUCAAUCUAAUCCUCCGCCUCCUCCUCCUCCUCCUCCAUCUUCUUGUCAACAACAACAACAACAAACACCAACUAAUCAUUCAUCUGGAUCAUCAACAACAUCAUCAUCAACAUCAUGGCGUCAAAUGAAAGAAAGUCAUCGAACAGCAACUGAAACAAAAGAAACUCGACCACCAUCACCAUUAUGUCUCUAUAAAAUAUUUCAACAAAAAUCCAAUACAACUACUACAUCAUCACCAUCUCGAAAUAUAUUUCCAUUAAAACGUUACCAAAAAGAUACGAAUGUUCCAAGUCAUAUCAAUGAAAUAAAUACAGAUAAAUCGAAAUCAUCACAUCUAAGUACUGAUCAAGCUAUUCAAACAUCUAUUCUAUUAGAUUCUCCAUCAAAUACUCGUUAUCGAACAACAUCAGUCACAGCACCUAAAUCUGAAUCAUUCAAUUAUCUCACUAUACCAACUCGAAAUUCAUUCGUAGCAAGUCAUAAAUCUCUUCCUGAUCUUUCUUUUAUUUCACAAUAUUCAAAAGAAUUACCACGAUCUCGUACUGCAUCACCUACAACUACAUCUCCAGUUAAUAUUAAUUGUACAACACCAUCUCCAAUAUUAAUUCAACAUCCUCCAAAACAAGAUGCUGAUCGACCUCGAACAUUAAAAUCUAUUAAACGUUAUAAAAACAGUAAACAUUCUACUGAACCUUUAGGUGUUUUCUAUAGUCCACAAUUACGUAAAACUUUUGCUGCUAUACCAAUUACUCUUGGAUCAAAUACACCAUCACCUAUAGAAACAAAUAUUAAAUUAUCAUCAUCGAAUCUUAAAUCUUGUCUUAAAUAUGGUUCAAGAGCUAAUUCUUGUGAUAUUCAAGAUAUGGUACAAAAUCAUAAAUCAACUCCUGAACAUGCAAGUAACAAUGAUUUAAUCUUCUCUGCAUUUAAAAAUCGUAGUUCAGAUAUUGAAAGAUUUAAACAUUUGGAUACUGUUUGGACAACAAAAAUUUGUUCAAAUAAACUUAGUGCAUAUGUUUUACCAGAUUCAUCACGUGGACAUCAUUCUGAACAUGAUCUUCUAUCAUUAAUUGAACAAGAAAAUUCAACAAAAAAAAGUGUUAGCUUUUCAGAAAAUAUUUCUAAACAACUUUUGUCACCUUGUAAUCCUACAAUUGCUUUUAAUGAUAAUCCUCCUUUGGCAUUAUAUGAUAAUAAUGAAAGAUUAACAAAGAGAACAACAAUACGUUAUAGAGACAUGCGUCGAUGUCAAACUGACAUUAUUGUUGUCGAUCCUGUUCUUCAUCUACAUUCGUUCACUGACAGUCCACCAAAUGAAUUUUGCUUACAACGAGAUGAAGAUGAUAAUGAUGAUGAUAGUGAAGAUAUCUUAAUGGAAAAAUCACAUAUUAAUAUCAUUCCAAAUCUAGAUGAGCCAGUUCCAAUUAUUGAAAUUACACCAUCAUCUCCUCUGAAUCAAACAGAAUUUGUUGCAAUCGAAAAAGAAAAUAAACUAUCAAUUACAAUGAAUACAUCAACACUUGAUAAUAUUGUAGAAACUAUUACUGAUAUAGUAAAACGUUUAUUUGAAAUAAAACAAUCUGAUAAAACAUUCUUUCUUGAUAAUGAACAAAAUUUACAAUUAGAUUGUUUACUUAAAAAUGAUCUAUGUUCAGCAAUUCAAACUAUACUUGAACAUGGUCGAAAAGAUCUUAAAAAAACAAAUCUAUGGAAAAUUAUUGAAUCAUCUAUUGAUAAAAAUAUUCCAACAUCUGGACAAAUUCCUCGAAUAUAUUAUGAAGUUAAACAAUUUGCGCAAAAUACUUCAUCAUAUUGGUUAUAUAAAUUUCAAGCAUUUAUCUUCGCAUUAUUAAAUAAAAAUGAAUUAGUUAAUUGGCUUUAUUAUUUUACAAGACAAAAAGAUUUUAUUCAACGUUAUUAUCAAUCACCUGAUGCUUUAAUUCUUGUUUCAAUCUCAUCAACAUUUAAUCUUUUCGAACGAAUUAUGACACAAUUAGAAAAGCUAACACCAUUACCAUUUCGAUUAACAUAUCAUUCACCAACUAAUUCAUUAAUAAAUGAUGAACAAUUAAAUACAUCUAUAAUUAAUAAUCAUUCAACUAAAGCUACUGCACGUGAUUGGGUUAUGACAAUCUCACGACGAUCACCAAAAACUUUCGUUCAACCAAUUGUACAAAAUCAAUCGAAUGAUACAUUUCGUUCAACAUUAUCAAAGAAAUUUAAUGCAUUUUUUAGUAAAACAAAUACAACACAACAAAAUAAAUCUUCAUCAGUAGUCACGGCAAUAUUACCCGAUACGAAAAAAUCAAGUAAAUCUCCAGGGCCAUUACGUCGAUCACGUUUUCCAAGUGUAUUCAAUAAUUCAUCACCUAUAACUACAAUCGAUGUUCCUAGUCCAAAAUUAAAGAAUUCAAUAAGACAAGGUACAUCACCAUCUAUUGGAACAUUUCAAUCGAAAAUUCCACGUCCAUCAUUAAAUGUUGAUAAACCAAAAUCAGCUCGAUAUCGUUCUACAGCAGCACCUUCUUCCAAAUAA